UGAUAGAUCGGAUUGUACGGUUCUCGGUGCCUCAGUGCCUCGCUUCAGUUGUUCCCUGUCGAUCGCGGCCGGCGGAAGUAUUGCGAUCUCAGUUGUAUUGUGAUCGGGAACUUUGACAAAGUGAUAUAGUGUCGAAUCCAGCAGGAGACGAGAGUCAUGGAGGUCCGAGUAGGCGUGGCCGAUCUGCUAAAAAUGGGCACCAAGCUCAUUGGCCACAAGAUCGUCCAGUACCGCCAGUCAACCAAACAAACCAAAGUGGUCUGCACAAGGGAUGGCCAGGUGCGAGGACUUCGUCGCAGGACGCUCUACGACGACGAGUUUUACUUCGCCUUCGAGGGUAUCCCCUUUGCCCAGCCGCCAGUCGGUGAGCUGCGAUUCCGGGCCCCUCAACCGCCACGUCCCUGGGUCGGAGUGAGGGACUGCACUUACCCGAGAUCGAAGCCAAUGCAAAAGCACUUUGUUCUCAGCAUCGUUGAGGGCAGCGAGGAUUGCCUGUACCUUAACGUGUAUAGUAAACGACUUAAGUCGGACAAGCCGCUGCCCGUAAUCGUUUGGAUAUAUGGUGGUGGAUUCCAAAUCGGAGAAGCUUCCCGGGAUUUCUAUAGUCCGGAUUACUUUAUGAAGCAAGACGUAGUGGUGGUUACUUUCAAUUACAGAGUGGGCGCACUGGGUUUCCUGAGCCUUUCGGAUCGCGACCUUGAUGUGCCGGGCAAUGCUGGCCUAAAGGACCAGGUGAUGGCCCUGCGGUGGGUCAGCCAGAAUAUCGCCCAGUUCAACGGAGACCCCCAGAAUGUGACGCUGAUGGGGGAGAGUGCGGGGGCUGCAUCCGUCCACGCAAUGAUGACCACCGAGCAGACGCGGGGACUCUUCCACAAGGCCAUCAUGCAGUCGGGAUCAAUGUACUGCGAGUGGGCCAACGAACCGAGGGGACAGUGGGCCUAUCGCCUGGCCUGCCUGCUUGGCUACUCAGGGAGCGACAACGAGAAGGAGGUGUUCCGGUUCCUCCAGCGAGCUUCUGCGUCUGAAAUGGCCUCCAAGGCUAUCGAUUUGAUUUCGCUGGAGGAGCGACGGGAGUACGUACUGUUUCCCUUCACACCCGUUGUGGAACCCUAUAUAACCAGGGACUGCGUGCUGCCCCGACCCCACAGGGAAAUGCUGCCAGCAGCCUGGGGCAAUGACCUGCCCCUGAUCUUGGGAGGCAACUCCUUCGAGGGCCUCUUCUCCUACCAGAGCACCCUGCACGACGAGGAACACAUGCUAAGCGCCUUUGAGGCUCUCAUUCCACGCGAGAUCAGGGAGAGACGCUCUCCUUCCCAGAUUAAGGAUCUUCUGCGCCAGUUCAAGGUGGACAACUUCGAGGAUUCCACCAGAGGCCGAAUGGAGUUCAACGAAUGCCUUCACAUUCUCUCCAUGAAGCACUUUUGGCAUGGAAUUCAUCGCACUAUUCUAGCCCGCCAGCAUUACGCUCCCACAACGCCCACAUUUCUGUACCGCUUCGACUUGGACUCUCCGCACUUCAACCACUUCCGGCAGGUGAUGUGCGGUAAGCAUGUCCGUGGAGUUAGCCAUGCGGACGAUGUCUCCUACCUGUUCUACCACGUGCUGGCCACCAAACUGGAGAAGUCCUCCCUGGAGUACCAGACCAUCGAGCGGAUGGUGGGAAUGUGGGUGGCGUUCGCACGAAAUGAUAAUCCCAAUUGCGCGCAGAUCUCGCCGAUCUUGUGGGAUGCUUUGGACGACACAGGGCCUCAAAUGUGUCUCAACAUUGGAAAGCAGCUGGAGUUCAUAAAACUGCCGGAAGCCAAGCAGAGUCGCGUGUGGGAUAGGUUUUACGAAAAGCACGAUUUAUAUUAGGGAAAAUGUGCAUCUUUUGUGUAUAAAAAGUAACUGGUUUAAUGUAGAAAAAAUUUAUUUGUUAAAAGGAAUAUUAUUUUGAAAAAAAAAAAAUAAAGAAGGAACGUGCUGAUAAUGUGAGCCUCAUUCAUUAAA